AUGGACCAUGGGAACACCACAGCAGACUUCAUCCUCCUAGGCCUCUUCAACCACACCACAGCCCACCAGAUUCUCUUUGGGAUUGUCCUAGCAGUUAUGAUCUCCUCCCUCACAGGCAAUGGCCUCAUGGUUCUCCUGAUUCACUGGGACCCCCGGCUGCACACACCCAUGUACUUCCUGCUGAGCCAGCUCUCCCUCAUGGACAUGAUGCUGGUCUGCACCACUGUGCCCAACAUGGUGGCUGCCUACUUGACUGGAAACAAGUCCAUCUCCCUGUCUGGAUGCGGUCUUCAGAUGUUCCUGAUCCCCACUCUGGGAGGUGGAGAGUGCUUCCUCCUAUCAGCCAUGUCCUAUGACCGCUAUGUGGCUGUGUGCCACCCACUGCGGUAUGCCACCCUCAUGAACUGGCCGUUAUGUCUGAGAAUGGCUUUGGGGUCCUGGUUCCUGGGGGCAGCUGAUGGAAUCAUGCAGGCUGCUGUUACCCUGAGCUUCCCCUUCUGCAACAGACAUGAGAUCGAUCAUUUUUUCUGUGAAGCCCCCACGCUGGUGCGCUUGGCCUGCAGUGACACCUCUGCUUUUGCAUAUGCCAUGUACAUCUGCUGCGUGCUGAUGCUCCUCAUCCCCUUGUCCCUCAUCUUGAUGUCCUACAGCCUCAUCCUCGCUGCUGUCCUGCACAUGCGCUCCACAGAAGCCCGCAAGAAGGCCUGUGCCACCUGCUCCUCCCAUUUGGCUGUGGUGGGACUCUUUUAUGGCGCUGCCAUCUUUACCUAUGUAAGACCCACAUCCUACAGGUCAGCAAACCAUGAUAAGGUUGUGUCUGCAUUCUAUGCCAUCUUCACUCCCAUGCUGAACCCUGUGAUCUACAGCCUGAGGAACAGUGAGGUGAAGGGAGCUCUGAGCAAGUGA